AUGAGCGCGUCGUUGGCACAGCUGGACCAGAUCAUUGUGGGCCUCGAGGCCACGUUGGGCCUUGCACCUGGCCAGACCAUUGGGGCCAAGGCGGCGAAGACGGACAAGCCGAAGAAGGAGCAGAAGAAGGAGCAGAAGAAAGAGGCCAAGAAGCCGGCGGCUGCGCCUGCGGCCGACGACCAGCCCGAGAUCACAAAGCUCGAUAUUCGUGUUGGCAAGAUCACCAAGGUCUGGAAGCACGAGACGGCGGACAAGCUCUACUGCGAAGAGAUCGACGUCGGCGAGGGCGAGCCGCGUCUGAUUGCGAGUGGCCUCGUCAAGCAUUACUCGCUGGAGCAAAUGCAGGGACGUAUGCUCCUCGUUAUGUGCAACCUCAAGCCGCGCAGCCUCGUGGGCUUCAAGAGUCAUGGUAUGGUGCUCUGCGCCGUUGCGACCGACGCCGACGGGUCGGAGCGCGUGGCGUUCGUUGAGCCGCCUGCCAACGCCAAGAUUGGCGAGCGCAUCCACUACGAAGGCCUCUCGGGUGAGCCGUGGACGCCGGCACAGGUUGAGAAGAAGAAGGUUGUUGUUGUCGCUGGCGAGCACCUCUCGUCGGACGCCAACGGCGUUGCCAAGUGGAAGAACCACGUGCUCAUGACGUCGGCGGGUCCGUGCGCGUCGCCGAGCGUCUGCAACGGCAUCCUGAGAUAG